AUGAGGAUUACACAAUCCAUGGUCAGUUGUUGGUUACUUCUAUCCCAAUUUCAAAAACCUUUAACCCCUUUCAGAUUCAUUAUACGACACACGAUUCGGCGACUACAUAACUUUAAUUUAUUUGAUGUUAUGACAAGCCUACAAGACGUGAUAAAUCAAAGAAUACGUUGGGGUAAGCGAGAAGUUAGGGAAGCAGAUGUAGCUGCAGUUUUGUCCGAUGAUGAAAUAAAAUCUCGACUUGGUGUCGCUCAUGAGAAUUUAGCUGAAGUUUAUGAAGUUUAUGAUGUUAACGAGGAUGGAGUAAUAACAGUUGCAGAAUUUGAAGCUGUGUCUUCUAUCCUUGAAAACAUAUUAAAAGAGGGAGGGGUAUCCAAUCCAAUCGUUGCAUUACAAGACAGGAGUGCAAGGCGAAGAAGAAGGACAAUAGAUGAUGACAAGACGAACCUGAAAGAUCACCUCACACCGCCCUGA